AUGGUUGGAGACACGGGCAAAAGAGGCAUGAGGUGGGGAGCAAGGCAGGCCGGAGAGUUUGGAGUUCAGGCUUCAACUUUUGUGCAGGCUGCAGAUACACUGGCGGUGCGGCAGAAGCGGCGGAUAUAUGAUAUCACAAACGUCCUGGAAGGCAUUGGGCUGAUCGAGAAGAAAUCAAAGAACAGCAUCCAAUGGAAAGGGGUGGGUCCUGGCUGCAACACACGUGAAAUAGCUCACAAACUCAUUGAGCUGAAGGCAGAUAUAGAGGACCUGGAACAGCGGGAGCAGGAGCUGGAGCAGCAGAAGAUGUGGGUCCAGCAGAGCAUCAAAAAUGUUACAGAAGACGUGCAGAACAGUCGAUUAGCAUAUGUGACGCAUGAAGAUAUCUGCAAGUGUUUCACAGGAGAUACCCUGCUGGCAAUUCGAGCCCCGUCAGGCACGCGUUUAGAAGUUCCCAUCCCCGAGGGCGUAAAUGGGCAGAAGAAAUACCAGAUCCACUUGAAGAGCACAAGUGGUCCAAUUGAUGUCCUUUUAGUAAACAAAGAUGCUUGGAGCUCUCCACCUGUAGUGCUACCUGUCCCUCCCCCUGAAGACCUCAUUCAGUGCCAGCCAGUUGUGCCCUCAAAACCGCAGAUCCCACCGCUUGCCCAUUUCCAGGAGGCAUCUGUGCCCAGCAGCACCCAGCCUUCCACACCAACGCCUACCAGCACUCAGGACCACAGCCCUCCCGCACAGAAAGCUCCUAGCACAGAAUGCAGUGUCUCCGUGGUGGAGCCCAAGAGCAGUGGUGGGGACUUUGAGCCUCUCAGCUCGGUGCCCGCGCCGGCCGGCCAGCCAGCUGGGUUGGAUACGCAGCCGCUGCAGUCUUCUGCCUCGCUGGACAGUGGCUCCGUCCUGCCCAACCCCUCUACCUCCUUUGAGCCCAUCAAACCAGAUGCCACAGGAGUACUGGAACUUCCCAAAGAGCUCUCAGAGAUGUUUGAUCCAACAAGAGAAUGUAUGAACUCUGAGCUGCUGGAAGAGCUGAUGUCAUCUGAAGUGUUUGCCCCGUUGCUCCGCCUCUCCCCUCCUCCUGGAGAUCAUGACUACAUCUAUAACCUGGAUGAGAGUGAAGGCGUCUGUGACCUCUUUGAUGUGCCUGUCCUCAACCUCUGACUUCUCAGUGCGGCUGUGAGCCUCGCAAACACAGACCAUUUUGUAACUCUUUGGAAAGUGUCUAUUUUUGGAUUCCUUUUGUGCUAGAGCUCAAUGAAUGAGCAAUCCAGAGAUGCUCUCAUGUGGACCCAAAACCAAGAGAUACGGACUUGCAGGCCGGGAGCCUCCCUGUAGUUUUUUUUCCUCCCUGUGUUGCACAUAUGAGGUCUUUGACUUAAUUCGUCCCGCUGUAUCCCUGUCUCUCCACUGGAUCCUGGGCCUCACUUCAAAGGGUCUGUUUUUGAGUGUUCCCAGUUCAGCUGUAGAGUUUGCCCAUGUGCCUCUCCGAGCUUCCUCAGAUCUGCAUGCCUUGGAUUUCCUGCAAUCCUAGAUGCACUUUGCACCUCCUAGGUACCAGCUGCUACAAGGAGCCUUAGUAUUGUGGUCAGUUCACAAGCCCGGAGGUAGUUAGCUAGGUUUUUCAUUGUGAGCAGUUCAGUUUGGGGUUGUUAUGUUUUG